GAAAGACCGAGCAGCCCACCGCAACCUCCACUCUCCACGCUUUUGCGCGUGUCUCCACCAAACUGACUCGCGAUGCCGCCUCCGCCUCCGCCGCCUCUGCCACUAGUAAUACAACCUCCCCCGCCUCUCCCUCCACCGCUCCCAUUGAAGCCGCCUCCUCCGCCGAAAAGAACCUGCCGCCGCAGGAGAUCGUUGAUGAGUUUUGGAAGGAGUUUUCCGCCAAAUCUCCGAGCAAAGCUACUACCGUCAUUCCCCAGAAUGAGUAUGCCGACAAGGCCGCCAAAGGCAGUACCAAUGGCCCGGAGCGGACGACUCAGUCUUCCUACGCCGAGGCGGCCGAAAUCUGCCGGACCAAAGUCCGCAAGAUCGCCGACGAAUGCCGCGCCAUAAACCGCAAGUAUCGCGACCCCCAUUUCGAUCUCGAAUACGACCUCAAGUGUAGCAAGCGCGACAGCCUCGAGUCAAUCAAUAAUCGGCGCACCAAAGCGUCCCCGGCGAAUGGCGACGAAAGCGAUUCCGACGAUGACAUGCAGCCGUUCAAGCCCAGGGCUGUCAAGAGAGUUGCAGACAUCUUCGACGAGCCUCAGUUUUUUAUCGACGGGCCCUCUAUGCAGGACGUCAGGCAGGGGAACGGCGGCGAUUGCUGGCUCCUAGCCGCGCUCUGCACUUUGAGUAAUAAGAAGGGACUUAUAGAACGAGUUUGCGUUGCGAGGGACGAGCAGGUCGGCGUUUACGGCUUUGUAUUUCACCGUGACGGCGCAUGGUUCAGCGAGAUCAUUGACGAUAAGCUGUACCUCAAGAAGCCCGACUACGACGAGAGUUUUAUCGAGCGCAUGCUAUGGGAGGACCGUGAUAGGGUCGAUUCCGAGGAAGCCUACCGCCGAAUCUACCAGAGCAACAGCGGCGCGCUCUAUUUUUCGCAGUGCGAACACCCCAACGAAACCUGGCUCCCGCUCCUUGAAAAGUGUUACGCAAAGGCCCAUGGCGACUACGCUUGCAUUGAGGGUGGCUUCACCGGAGAAGGCAUCGAGGACCUUACGGGUGGCGUUACGACCGAAAUCUACACAUCGGAUAUUCUCGAUCGCGAGGCCUUUUGGAAGAACGAACUGAUGCAAGUCAACAAGGAGUUCCUCUUUGGCUGCUCCACCGGAAUCUGGGGUCGGGGCCUUGGGAACCGCAAGGGUAUUGUCGAGCUCCACGCCUAUUCCGUCAUGCGCGCCGUUGAAAUUGACGGCAAGAGGCUUGUCCUCCUCAAGAACCCCUGGGGCAAGGGUGAGUGGAAAGGGCCUUGGAGCGACGGAUCCAAGGAGUGGACAGCGGAAUGGCUUCAGCGCCUCGACCACAAGUUCGGAGACGACGGUGCGUUUUGGAUCUCUUACUCGGACCUCCUCAGAAAGUACCAGGCCUUUGAUCGCACGCGUCUUUUUGGGGACGACUGGCGCGUAGCAUCCAUAUGGACGACCCUAGCGGUUCCGUGGAAGCAGGAUUACCACGACACGCAUUUUGGAUUCACCCUAUCGACCGGUGGCGACGUGGUCAUUGUUUUAUCGCAGCUCGACGAUCGCUACUUUCGCGGUCUCCAGGGCGACUACACCGUCAUGGUCAAGGUGGACGCCAUGCGAAACGACUCCAUCCAGCCCGUGGAGGACGUUGUUCGGAACAACGCCAAGACCCGGCGCGAGAAGCUCCUUCGCAUCGGCCUCGCGUACGACCUCGCGCACAGCAAAGGCCGCUACAAGGAGACGGAGGAGGAGAAGGGGUGGAGGGAGGCGCACGAGAAGAGGGCGGAGAGCCGCAAGAGAGAGUCCAUCAAGGAGAUGCUCACCAAGGAAAGGGUGCAAGUAAAGUAUUUCCGCAGGAAGAAGCAGGACCGAGAUGCCAAGGAGAUGAAACGGAUGAGGGCCAAGGCCGACCGCCGCAGACGCGAGAAGAGGGAGAAAAGGGGUGCGCAACAGCAAGGGGGAGGAAAGGAGGUGAGGCUGGACGAUCGCGGACAUGACGAGACCAUCAUGACCGAGGAGAUGACCGAGGAUUCCACAGAGGCCCAAACUUUAGACCGCCCCCACCCCCACCUGCCCGUCACUUCCCACCAGGACUGGAAGGCGACGAGGCGGGAGGCCAACCCGCUCACCAUCAAGCCCGGGAUGGACGACAAGCUGGACGGAGAAGCCGACCCGUGGAACGCGGUGGUUGUGGUGGGUCUCCGGAUUUACCACAAGAUCUCCGAAGAGCAGGAAGACAAGGAGGUGGUCAAGCUUCGCGUGGUGCGACCGAACCCGUACUCGGAUGACGAAGCGAGCUCGGCAGACGACAAGGGCGAGAAGAAGAAGGAGAAGGGCAACAAGAAGAAGCGGGGAAGAGCAAAGGACUAG